AUGGGGGACCCAACUUUGAUUGUCUCCCCAGCACUCAUUGAUAGGGCAUUAAAUUCAAUAUUGUUGUAUUCUUUCAGGAAAGACUUUCUUGAUUUCAUUACCCAAGAGGAUCAGACUUUUCAAAACAACGUUCCGCCAGACUAUGACAACGAUGUACCUACUCAAAUAAGCUGUGAAUUACAUAUUGAAAAUUUUGAUUCCAUCGACGAAGCAAAUAUGGAUUUAACUGCAACUAUAUUACUGCAUUUAAGUUGGUAUGAUCAUCGAUUCAGCGACUAUGAUAUUAAAUCAAUUGAUGAUGGAUAUGUCGAAAUUGAUGCCAAAAAUCUGGAAAAACUUUGGGUUCCUGACAUUUAUUUUCCGAAUGAAAAGAGGGCAUAUUAUCAUAAUGUACUUAUGGCGAAUAAAAUGCUACGAAUUUAUAAAGGCGGAAACGUCUCCUAUUCAACAAGACUUUCAUUAACUCUCAGUUGUCCAAUGAACUUUCGGAAUUAUCCGUUUGAUAAACAGAUUUGUAUGAUUAUGAUGGAGAGUUUUUCAUAUAACGAUGGGAAUAUAUUGCUAAAUUGGACUCAAAACAACGCUACUGAAAAUACUGAGGGUCCAGUUCAUUUAGAUGAAAGUACCAAACAGAUGCCACAAUUCGAAGUCUUAAGAAUCGACACAAAAGAAAGCAAAGUUAGGAGAAGAGACCUUGGAAAUCACAGUCGCCUGACAGUUGAAUUUGUACUUGCCAGAAACAUCGGAUAUUACCUCGUACAGAUGUACAUUCCUAGCGUUCUUGUUGUAAUGUUAUCGUGGAUUUCAUUCUGGCUUAAUGUAAACGCUGUACCGGGACGUAUUUCCCUUGGUGUAUUGACUGUCCUAACUAUGACAACGCAGAGCUCUGGCGUGAAUGCGUCACUUCCGCACGUGUCCUAUACAAAAGCCAUAGAUAUAUGGAUGGUCACGUGUCUGAUGUUUGUAUUCUUUGCUCUUAUAGAAUUUGCAGUUGCUAAUGUUUUGAUGAGAAAAGACACAAAUAAAGGUUUUAAGUUUAAAAAUAUUCUAAGCAUUCCAAGGAUGGGUACACAAAGAGAAUCGAAAGAGAAGGAAAAAGACGAUUUCCGGGAUCCCGAAAAUGGAGGAGAAACAAGUUAUGGUAAACUUCAGAAACAGAAAAAGUUAAGCAGUGGUGUACGUUAUGCUAUGUAUUGUGAUGUGGGAUCCAGGAUAAUGUUUCCAGUUCUGUUUGGAUUGUUCAAUAUUGUCUACUGGAGUUACUUUCUAGACCAACUGAACAGUGAGCUGUUCAGCGAGCCUGAUAGUGACGAGAUAUGAUGAUAAUUGAUGAAAUAAAGAAAAAUAAUGCGACACUCAAACACUUUCAAAUCGACUUUAUACUAUCUAUAAGAACUAAACUUUCUUAUUUUAUAAAUGAAAGGAAUUUUGUAAAGUUUAUUGAAAAUCUUUUUUUAUAACAGCCUAACAAAAACAUGCAGUCCCUUCACUAAAUGAUCUAAUGGUCACUCUUUCAAAAUGUGUUAUUACCUUUAAAAUUCGGGAGUUCUUUAAGCAAUGCAGGAUAUACAUGUUUAUAUCGAUAAACAUAAACUAUUAACUAGUUAUGUAAAUAUGCCUUUCUAUCUGUCUCAAACGUUAAGGGUAUAAAGCUAUAUUUCACAGCGGGUUACUUCAAGUUUAAUAUGUGUUUGAAGAAUGAUAACGCAUAUAAAAUAAAGUACAUUGCAUAAGUAAGGAUGACAGAUGCUCGAAGUCAUCGUUUAACCUAAUAAAAGGAAAAUUAAAUAUUUAAACAUAUAUUGAUAUGCUCUAAUUUGAUGUUUAAUAAUUUGAUGAUUUCUAAAUAGUUCCUUUUAAAUAUAAAAUACAUCUUUUGCAUACACACAGGAAUGAUAUUUUCGUUUUAAGCUCUAUUCUUUACCGGUAAACUAAGUCUAAAAUUAUUGUGUCAUAAAAAACUGGCAGUUUUUUAAGACAGGACCAAAGGAUCAAGUUAACCAUUAAAAGACAGCUUAGGGUGUACAUUGUAACACCGCAAAACGUCCGUACCGCAAAACGUACGUAUAUGGACGUUUUGCGGCGCAUAUCGUCCACAUUUUUCUGACGUACAUUUUGCGACAAAAAGGCAUGGUCCUGCCUUAUAACGUCCAUAUCUUAGUUUAUAUAAUUUUCGUUAAUUUUGACCAGUUAUUAUCAGGUGUUAUUGUGUGUUAAUGUUUUCUCACCUGAGUAUGCGCCUGUCUCUCUGUCCGUCCAAAUUAGCUUGUUACCACUCCAGCAUCCACAUAUCAUACUCUUAGCAAUAUGUCCAGAGUUAUCUGCCCUUGAAUUACAAUAUCUGUUAUAUUUCACAUUGUUACCACUCCAGCGCUUUCAUUUCUUCUUCAAUCUUGACAAUUUCAACAGAAUAUUUAUGACCAUAAAAUCUCAACAAAGUUAGAUUAUAGGCUAAAUCUAACAAAACAAAACAACAACAAAAAAAACAACAUAUCUUUGUCAUUUACAGAUAUUUGGAUAUUAAUAACCAUUUCAGACGUAGAAUUGAGUACUGAUAUCAGUUACCCAGAUUCUGACCAAGUACAUGAAAUGUACUUGCUUUUAUUUGUAAUAUUCAAUGCUAUCAUCUACCCUUGUCAUGUGGAGCCUUUAUAGACAGGUGUUCAAUAACCAAACUUCCAAAGUCAACAAGAACACAAAAAAUCAUUCCCACUUCUUCAUGCAAUUAUAUGAAAAGCUAUUGUCAAAAGCAAAGCUUAGUUUUAAUAUUUUUUGUCAUUCACUCAGUCCAAUCCCCGGUUCGUCCGUCCGUAUAGCCGUCCUUUUCUGUAUGUCUAUAAAAUUACAUUUAUUUCAAUAUCAUAGUUUUUAUUUAUUUAAUAUGGACGAUAUGCGACGCAAAGACACAGUAAUGCUAUCAAUUACGAUAUGCACCGCAAAACGUUCACAUGUGUACGAUAUGCGACGCAAAACGUCCACACGCGUACGUUUUGCGGUACGGACGUUUUGCGGUGUUACAGUGCAUUCCCUUGUUCAAAUUAGACAUGUUCAGUAAGAAUCUCUUAGAUUUCAAUAUCAUUCUGCAAUAAAAGAACAUGAUCAAAAGGCGAGCACAUUACAUAGUAAUUCUUAUCUAUAAGGAUAAGUUUUAAUCUGUUUUCACAUGCAAUCAAUAUGCAUUAUACAACAAAUAUAUAGCUUUUUAUAACAUUUAAAAUGACAAGACAGCGUUAUUGUAAAGACGCGGAUAUUUCUGAAGUAUAUUUUACCAUCUGAAGCUUUACAAUCUAGUUUGUAAAUGUCUAUUAAUGCUUUCCAUUUUGCAAGUCAAUGGUCGUCCUUUGCCUUUGGUAAGAUAAUCUAUGCAAUUACGUAGUUUUUAAAGUAAACUUUCUAUUUCUUUCUAAUAAUUGCAAGAAAAUUAAUAGAGUAUUUGAAUAAGAUAUCGAAUACCUGCAACCUGAGAUAGAUUUCCAAAACACUGGGAAUUGUAAUACAUGUUCAUAGGUUUUCAAACUUAACUACAAUAAAUUGCAAAUGAACCAACAUAGUUUACAUUACUAGUAGCGGGAUAUUUUGAAAUUGUAACACUUACGCGAUCUACAAACAUUAAGGGAAGGUAUAGCGUAGACUGUAGCUCAUAAAACACCACGAGAAAUACGUCCUGGUACAGCGUUUACAUUAAUCUAAUAUUAAUCGCCAUUUCUUAUACAUGUACAUCUUUUUCAUCUGCAAUGCUAAAGUUAUUUAUAGCCUUGACAAUUUACUUGAGUAAAUGUAUUAAUCAUAUAUCUUUUUCUGGAAUAUAAUUAGUCCACCAGUAACAUAACAAUGUCAAUUUUAUAUCUGAAAUCAAGUUCAUCUAAUUUAAACCUUUAAUUUGCAUUUACACUGUUGUUACAAUUCAAAUGCUAAAUGCAAUUGAGCAUAGUAGGUUUCUCGUUCUUUUGACGUGGAAAAUAUUUUAAAACGAAGUACUAUGUCGGAGCAUCUUCAUGUUCAAAAUGCAUAUUACUGGUUUCAGUUCUUUUUAUCGUGUAAAGCUCAAUUCGUGGUAAAUAUUGGUGAAUAUUUAGUUCAGACAUUUCUUAUGUCCUUUAAAUCCUCGAUUCUUUUCGUCAUGAUAUUGUAUAACGUCUAAAGAGUCUGUGAUUUGUAUUGAGCAAUUGGAAAAACAACUUUAGAGAGUGCUCUGUUAAUUGUUUUUUAGAUUUACUUGUGUUUUUUAUUUGUUAACGAAGUAUUGAUAAUUUCAUAUUAACAUUUGUUAUUGAAUUGCCUUUAUUCAUAUCAAUGUGAUUGAUAGCAUUAAUGUUUAUGUGUUGAUUUUUGUUAAUUAUGUGAAUGCAUAUGUUGUUGUUAUUAAAUGUAAAUGGAAUAAGAUGUAAAUAAUUAUUUGGUAAUAUUUUAAGAAUGAUAUACGAUGUAACGUACCAGAUGUAUGUGCUUGAUUGAAAUGUUAUGAUUAGUUUGUGCAGAAAAGAGAAAAAUGAAAUCCUUAAAGAUCGCUCCAAAUAACUGUUUAAUUAAAACAGGAUUAUAAAAAAAAUAUUUAAAUGUAUUUAUCUCUUUAACGAAGGGAUUAAAUUAAACACGAAAAGGUAUGAAUGAUAAAUGUUUUAUAGUGUGAAUAAAACAAAUAUUUGAUUCCUUAGUGAAUGUUGAUAUUAGACACCUAUGUUAGUAAUGCACUAUGUGUGAGUGUGAACCAGUUUAAGAAUGAUAAAAGAUAUAACCGGGUUUGUCCUUGACAACACUAGUAUUUUACUAUGCUCAUAUACAAUGAAUUAAGUAUGAACCAUUUUAUUUAUGUAUCUCACUUAAUUAUCAACUUCGUCGUCAUCAUUAAUUACCGUUAUUAUAAUAAAUGAUUAGUGUAGAUUAUGUAACUAUCACGCUCUUACUUUGCCAUAAAAUGCUAUUGAGACAAAAGCAUUAUAUGUUACAUUACAUGAAGUAUUUAAAUUCGGUAUGUGAAAUCUGUACAUGUAUAAAGAUGUAUUGUUCAGGAACAUGAGAGCAUAUGAUAAUUCAUUGUGUCAAUUAGAAAACAUAGACUAUCAUUUGUUUGUUAACAUUUCAUUGAUUGUAAUGGUGUGCCAGUGUUUCUGUAUAAUGUGUCAUCAACCCUUGUCAUGCGUAAAUGUAAAAAAAGGAAAGCAGCCAACUUUCGUGAGAAUAAGAUAAUUCAUAGUUGACCAAGUAGAAUGGAGAAUCUGUUAUCAUAAGCAAUUAAAAUUAGAGGUUUUUUUACUAUGUUUGGAAUUGAGUAGAUGUGCAUAAAAAUUUGUUUUCCAUAGUGCUUUCGUUUUAUAUUUUUAGAUAUUAUUAUUCUUAGAAUUUUUUGAAAUAUUUUAUUAAGUAGUAAACUUUGAAAGGUAUGACAUAAAUGUUACAUGAUUGAUUCGGGAUGAUUGGCAUAGAAAAUACAUGUAAAGAAAUGUAUUAUAAGACACGUGUUGUAGUCCAUUCAAUAUAUCAACAUCGUAGGAUAUAAUUUCUUGAACAUUCUUCAUUAUCUUCAUUAAAUCUUGAGCGGUGUUAUGAAUAUUACUUAAUAUGUAGAAAAAAACCCCAAAAAACAAACAACAAAAUUGCUAACUGAGAUGUUUUUUAAAGAACAAAUUGUAAAACAAGAUUAUAUUAAUACAUACUUUUUGAAGAGUAUUGAAUAUAAACUAUGUGUUAAGGUUGCCAUGAGAUAGAUUAUGUUUGUAAUUGAUAACGAAUACUAAUAGUGAUCAUUAAAACAAGAGGAAUGA